AUUAAAUCGAAUUUCGUUUUGAUGGGUGUGGUUGUAUGUACUUUGUCCCCGACUCCCCGCCCAUUGCCAAUGAAAAUGGACAUUGGAAGUCAUUGCUCUGUUUCUUCUUGUAGAAAACUAGACUUCCUCCCUUUUGUCUGUGACGGAUGUAAGAAAAUAUUUUGCUCAGAUCACAGAAGUUCUGAAACUCAUAAUUGUAUCUCCAUUUCUACAUCAUCACCAGCAGAAGUGUGUGGCAUCAGUAAAGCACCAAAGCUUACUGUAUCUUGUAGUCUUCCUCAUUGUCAUCACACUGAUUCUAUUGUAGAAGUAGUGUGCAAAGAUUGUGGAAAUGUGUACUGUUUGAAUCACCGUAAUCCUGUUGAGCAUAAUUGUAGUUCACUAUUGAUCAAGUCAAAACCACAGAGUAUCCACCAUUCCUCUUCCUCCUCUACCUCCUCUUCAUUAUUUCAAAGGAAACCACAAGGUCCAGCCUCAGUUACUCUUUCAGCUAAAGUAGCUCUGAUGAAACUCAAACAAAAAGCAAUGCCUUUGGCAUCUACUGGAAUACCUGAUUCUGAGAAAGUAUUUUAUGAAAUAACAUUACCAAAGGAAUAUGGAAAGAAAAACUAUCCAGUGCUUUUAUCAAAGGAAUGGAGUGUGGGAAAAGUAGUGGAUAGUAUUUCAGUAAAAUUCAAACUACAAAAUAAUAAUGACAAAGUUGGAGCUAAGAAGUUAGUACUGUUGAAUUCUGCUAGUGAUCAACUGUCAAUGAGUGCUAAAAUUGGCGAUUUAGUAGAAACAAAUUACCCUAAUGGUUCAUCACUUCAACUUGAGUAUCUGUAAUGACUUUUUAGGCAUUAUUAUUAUUAUUAUUAUUAUUAUUAUUAUUAUUAUUAUUAUUAUUAUUAUUAUUAUUAUUAUUAUCAUCAUUAUCAUCACUAUCAACAAACAGGGCAAAACAAGUUAAAAAUAAGUUAAAAGAAAUAAAGAAGGAAAAUUAGAUUAUUAUUGUUAUUAUUAUUGAUUAUUUUAUUUAUUAUUAUUCAUGUACCAUUGCAUAGCCCUGUUUUUGUGAAGCUGUGAAAUUCAUUGUUAUUUUGGUGAUAUUUAUGGGCUGAA